CAUGGCCUUCCCACCCCCUUUUCCCUUGUUUUGGCUCUGGCUGAGUAGAAGGAACACUCUUACUGACUGGGAUGAACUUUGCCAAAAGCAAGCAAACCAGCCAUUUGCUCACGCUGCCUUAAGAGGAGAGAAAGCCCCAGGAAGGAGGAGGUAAGAGAUCCCAGUUCUUGAAGGUUUCUUUAAAUCAGAGCCAGUCCAGCCAUUCAACCAGGUGAGGUCACCUGCUUCAGGUGGUGGAGUUUGGGGUACUAUUAAAAGACAGCAAAGGGGUAGUUCCCUCAAUUAUUAGUAAAGCCUUACCUCAGUGGGGCAGCCAUUUGAAUUUUUGCACUAAACUGUUUGGGCAUGCUGUAGAAAAAAAGGUGAUUAAUUGUGGAACAUGAUACAGGUAUAUAAGAUGGAGAAAAACUACCGGUACUCUUAUCCACAACAUGCACCUUCUCAUAAUACAACUUUGGGCCACCCAGUGAAACUGUGAAAGAUUAAGGCGAAGCAAAAGAAGGUGCUCUGCCAUACAAUGCAAAGUUAAACUCUUAAUUUGUGACCACAAAAUGUAGCAGUGAAGGGUCUGGCCAAUUUUGAUGGCUUUAAAAAGGGGAUUUGGUGGAUUCAAGGAAGAUAAGACUGUUGAUGGCUGCAUUAUGCCUCAAAGGCACAAUUGGGGCAAACAGGUAAUUUUAGACGCUGGACUUAAUGGCCUUACUGGGGGGAGGGGUGGCUUUUAGACACUCAGAUAAUCAUAGAAACAGAGUUGGAAGGGACCCCAAGGUUCAUCUAGUCCAACCCCCUGCAAGGCAGUCACAUGUAUUACUUCAGUUGUGAAGCAUGCAAUUAACAUUUCUCUCCCCACUCCCCUCUGGCAUUCCAUGCUUUACAAUUGUUUCUACAUCCUGAAUGCAUUAGAGCAAAAGAAUAAAAAAUAAAAUUGCUAAUCCCAAUUAAAAGAGCAAACGAAUAUGUCCAGUUCUGCAUUUUAAACUCUCUUAGAUUACAGCACCAUCAUUACAGGAGUAAAAUGCAGUUUGCUGCAUCUGUCUUGCUCCUGAACUCAUUCACUGAGGAAUAAGCACCAUUUUGCUUACUCUCUGAUUUCCUGCACUAAGAUACUUCAUGGGUGGCUGUUUCAGCGGGAAGUACCGUAGGUUGUUUAUCUGUAUGCAUGCUCAUUUAUGUUUGAGAAAGCUGGAUCUCUUCAUCUUUAGUCCACCCCCUCUUGCUUACAGGAAGAUGCAGCUCCCACUACUUCUUCUCAUCUGUAUGUUGUCUGCUGUAACUCCACACCACCAUUUAGUGAAGGAUGUAUGCACUGCCAAGCCAAAGGAUAUCCCUGUAAACCCUAUGUGUAUCUACCGCAACCCAGAUAAGAAGGCCCAAGAGGCUGCAGCCUCAGGGCCGAUUCAAGAGAACCUUCCCAGCUCCACCAACCCACGUGUCUGGGAGUUGUCCAAGGCCAAUUCUCGCUUUGCUGCCCUCUUCUACAAGAAUCUGACCAGCUCCAGGAAUGCCGAUGAGAACAUCUUCUUGUCACCCCUCAGCAUCUCCACAGCCUUUGCCAUGACUAAGCUGGGAGCCUGUGGCAACACCCUCCAGCAGCUAAUGGAGGUAACGUGGGGGCAGGGUUAUGUGGGGGCAGCCUUCUUGUAUAAGACUGAACUGGAGUGUUUCCUUUCGGAAGACUCAACGAUUUCCACUCUAUGCUUGGUUGUUAAUCUUUCCACAUGGUUUUUAGGUAUUGGUUCAGUAAAGUAAAGGUAAAGGGACCCCUGACCAUUAGGUCCAGUUGUGACUGUCUCUGGGGUUGCGGAGCUCAUCUCACUUUAUUGGCCGAGGGAGCCGGUGUACAGCUUCCGGGUCAUGUGGCCAGCAUGACUAAGCCCUUCUGGAGAACCAGAGCAGCACAUGGAAACGCCGUUUACCUUCCCGCCGGAGCGGAACCUAUUUAUCUACUUGCACUUUGACGUGCUUUGGAACUGCUAGGUUGGAAGGAGCAGGGACCGAGCAACGGGAGCUCACCCCGUUGCAGGGAUUCGAACCGCCGACCUUCUGAUCAGCAAGCCCUAGGCUCUGUGGUUUAACCCACAGCGCCACCUGCGUCCCUUAAAGCUCAUCUAAAACCAUAGGCCACCAUGAAUAAAGAAUAUCACAGAUCAGCAUGUUGCAUAUAGGGCAGUUGUGCAAACAGAACAAGUGCCCAUUAAACAACAAGACUCCCCCCCCUUUCCCCCCCUCUCAUGUGUCCCUAAAUCUGCACUGGAAGGUCAUACAGCUUUAAGUGGGAUAUCUCAGGUUGACAGAAACCACCCUGGCUACUGAUCCCAAUCCAGAAUGUCCUGCUUUGGCUCCAAUGCUCUGGCCGUGCCUUGUCCCCGUCACUCUUCCUCCUUCUGUUGUGGCACUUCUAGAAGCUGACGUCCAGAAGUACGUCUCUGGCACUGGCUGAGGAGGAGGAGGCCGCAGCUUCCCCUAGGCUGUGUGGACUGGCACUGCGCCUCCCAAGACCAUGUGGACCAGCGCAGGCUUCCCAGCGUCUGCCGAGGCAGAGGAGGCAGACCACCUAGAUCUGUACAUACAAAUUUAAGUUCUGAAAAUCAUAAGCUUUCAGUUACCAAAAACAAGACAAUCUUUUCAUCCUUGUAACUAUGGAUUGUGAUUUGCUUGGAACGUCAGGUCCACAUCAGGCAAACUGGCAUAUCCACCUGGAGGCCCCUAUAUCUCUAAACCAUGAGCUCUCCAGGGCUGUUACUCAGUGGGGCUUGUGCAGGAGGACUUGCAGGUGGACAGUGGUCUCCAGGGGCGUAGCUAGCUACUCUAGGACCCAGAACGGUGGGGGUGGGGCAAGCCCCUUAUGGGGGCACGGCGGCGACCCGCUCAAGGGGGCGCUGUGGCAAGCUGCCCACAGAGUCUGCCUGGUGGACGCAAGCCCCACGUGUCAUUCCCAGUGCUGCCCCACCCAGUGGAUGGACCGUACCCCCCGUACCCCCCUUCCUAUGCCCCUGGUGCUCUCCCUUGUCUCUUCCAUCAACAUAUGCUGAGCAGUCUCAUAGAUUCCCUCCCCCAAGGGACAGAGGGGAAAUUGUGCUCUCCCCCCCGCAAAUAACAUGUUUCAUCUUGAAAACUAAAGCUUCCUCCAGACUCUUGGUAUUUUGCUGGAGAAAUUCAAGUACAUACCAGAACUUUAGGGCUGUUCAGUUAAAGUGGAUGAAAGGGCUCUCUUGCCCUAGCACAACAAAUCCAGUUUAAGAAAGAAAAUGACAUUUUGUGAUCAGGAAAGUGAUGAGGAAAGAUGUGUAAACACACCAGAAGCGGAAUGUCCAUUGUCAUAGAACUACCCCACAAACAAAUCAGUACAAAUGCUGAGUAAAUACCAGACAUAGUUUGACCAUUGUGGAAACUUAAUGUCAGGAAAUCAGGAUGAAUGCAGAAUAAACAGUGUAGAGUAACCAGCCUCAUAUAAGCAUAUUUGAGUCAAAUUAAUGCAUGAAGGGGUUAAAGCAGACAUCCCUAACCUGCAGCCCUCCAGAUGUUUUGGCCUACAACUCCCAUGAUCCCAAGCUAACAGGACCAGUGGUCAGGGAUGAUGGGAAUUGUAGUCCAAAACAUCUGGAGGGCUGAAGGUUGGGGAUGCCUGGGUUAAAGCCAUAAAGUAGAGCUUAGCCUAGGUCACUUCCCCUCACCUUGGGAGGAAAUGGGCAACCAAGCCUUUCGUUGUCUCAGUCUACAUGUGAAAUUGGUUGUGUAAGGAGCUCUGAGCUGCUCCCUCCAACCACAUGGCUUUAUCAACAAGAAUGCAAUCUGAAACUAGCCUUUUUCUAUACCAAUGGUUUAAGAACUUGUACCAUUUUGUAAUCAAGCAAUAUUUUACUGCCUGUGCAACUUUUUCUGACUGCUGUAUGGAAAAGUACAUGAAUCUGACCUUUGAAUAGUUUUGUAACGUAACCAUUUUAUAAGUUCCCAAACAUGUGGUCUGUCUGUGAGGUAGGGAAGUGGGAUACUUAGGAACUCACUGGAAGGGCACAUUCUAUUAUAUUUCCAUCUUUUCUUUGCUGCAUGUUUUGCCAUGUUGAAUCUCUGCUGGGGUUCUUGCCUCAAACUUGGGUCUAGGCUUCCAGGAUCCCAACAAACAGAGUAGUAGCCAAGUGCAUUAUAAGCUAUGGUAGACUAAAAAAGUCUGCCGCUUCAGACGCAUCGUUUGGAAAUACAGUGGUACCUCGGGUUACAGAUGCUUCUGGUUACAGAGGUUUCAGGUUACAGACUCCGCUAACCCUGAAAUAGUACCUUGGGUUAAGAACUUUACUUCCUCUUUUUCCAGGUUUUUCAGUUUGACACCAUUUCAGAAAAGACAUCAGAUCAGAUCCACUUCUUCUUUGCCAAACUUAACUGCCGACUUUACAAGAAAGCCAACAAAUCAUCAGAGUUGGUGUCAGCCAACCGCCUCUUUGGGGAAAAGUCCUUCAGCUUCAAUGAAACCUAUCAGAAUGUUAGUGAGGUGGUUUAUGGAGCUAAACUCUGGCCUUUGAACUUCAAAGUGAGUCAUAAAUGUGAUGAUGCUAUUAAGAGGUGUGAAUAUAUUUCUUAUUCUCUUAGACAUUUCUUAACUUGAAGGAUAAAUACUGAUUUUUGCAAACUAGAAGUUAACACAGGGUUUUAUUUUGUUUUGUUGCUGUUUGGGAGCUUAGUCCCCCCUCCACGCUCCACAUUCACUUUUGCUCCUCAAAUGACUCACAUCCCAGCCUCCAUCCAGACCUGAUUUCCUCCUCCUCUUUGCCCCCUCCUACUGGGCUGCCCUGCGCCUCCCAGCACUUUGCAACUUUACUUGAUUUGUUCAGUGGUAAUAUUUUCUAAUUCUGUGCUAAUUUACUUCUGGAUUUGGCUGCUGUUAUGGACAAGUUAUAGGGUUGCCUUUUUCUUAAUGAAUUGUUAUGAUGGAAAAAAUGGAAUAAAAACGUUAUGGAGAACUGUUCGGUGUGAAUUAAGAUUUUCACACCUAUGGUUUUUACUUUCGGGGCUUUGGCUUAGAGUCGUUCUCUGGAUUUUUUCUGUUUAUUUCAGAAAAUGCAUUUGUUUCAUAAAAUUUACAUACCACUUGACUGUAACCCCACCCCUGAAGCAGUUUCCAUGUCAACCAGACAUUGUCACAAGUCAUCAAUAAGCUGCAUUUAAGACAGCGUAUGCUACAAAAUAUGCUUCCACCCCUCCCCUAUGGUGUUACUCUGUUAUUUCAUUGGUGUUGGCUUAGCCAUAUUACCUCCCCACCCAUAUACAGGUCCUAUUCUUUUUACAGAAGGUCAAGACAAAUGGGGUCCAUUGAAUUUCCCUUGAAGUUCCAGAACUGCAAACUACUACCAAGGAAAUUCUCUUUCACAGUCAGAAACUGCUGUGAUUUGAGCACAGUUGCCCUGCAAGGUGCAUUCAUUUACAGUGGCAUGCAUGUGCCAUUCACUUAUAAACACAGCCGCUUCCCUUAGUGCACAUGUGAGUGCUACUUAUGCCCAUACUGCAUUUUUCUUGGUUUUUUAAUCCUCCAAUUCUGUCAACUGGCCAAGAGGCCAAUUUUUACUGACCUGUAUAGUUUUGGCUGGUUGGUAACCAUGACUUUGGACACAUGACCAACCACAUGUUUUUUCCAAAUAGGCUGAUGGUCUUGUCUCCAGUUCUUUAUUGAAAAGUAUUAUGUCCUUUACUGUAGGUGUUGAACAAUAGUACUGAGGGACUGUGGUUGAGAAAUUCUAUUAGCUUUGAACCAAAUUAAAUAAUUAAACAUCUGAAUAUGUUGUCUGGUAGAAUGUGAGAUUUCAUAGAGCCUUUUCUAUGUCCCACGUUUCAGGAGAAGCCAGAAUUAUCUAGGGCACUCAUUAAUGAUUGGGUGGCAAAUAAAACAGAGAAGCUCAUCAAGAAUGUGAUCCCGGAAGGAGGCAUUGAUGCCCUCACCGUUUUGGUACUAGUCAACACUAUUUACUUUAAGGUAUGGAAAAGUCACAAGAGUGACAUGCCUGAACUGAUGGUUUAAAACCCACUCACAGAGGGAAGAGGGGCUGUUGAUGGAAGGAGAAAAUUAUUUUCUGAAACCAAGCCUAGCUAUGUUCCUGACGGCAGUGCGUGUGGCAGCCAUGCCCCAUGAUGAUGCUGGCUUCACAAAAUUGACUGAGAGGCCGAUGGCAGGAAUAUAGCUAGUCUGCAGAGUGGAUGAGGAGCCAGUUGUGAGGGAGCAUUGUCUGAUUGCCUGCCCAACCUUAAAAGGCAUAAUUGUAAACAUCAGUGGGAAUGGAAGUGAGAUCAUCAGUUUGUGUACCUGAAGCCUGUUUCUGUCAUGAUCCCUCUCAGUGGGCACUCGCUCAAGACAUCUGAACACGAAAUAGUUACUUCUGAACCUGUCUUAACAAAGAUGGGGUUCCCCCCCAAAUCUUCAGAUGCUUUUGUGUAGAUCCCAAUCCAUUUCAGUGAUGCAGAGCCAUGUGUGGUAAUUAUUCCAGAUUAAUAAUUUCCUCGUAGGGAGUAAACCUGCUGGGUAGUCCAGAUCCCUGGCUUCUGACUGAUUGUUCGCUUUUAUUUUAAUGCAUUAACCCAGGGCCACUGGAAAUCAAAGUUCGAGCUCGAAAAUACAAAGGUGGAGACCUUUUACAGAACUGGUUCUGAGCCUUGCCCUGUGCCUACCAUGUAUCAGGAAGCGACAUUCAAGCACGCCUCUAUUGCAAGCUCCAAAGUGCAGGUCUUGGAGCUGCCCUACAAAGGAGAUGACAUCACCAUGGUGCUCAUCCUGCCCUUUGCACAGACCCCCCUGGCAGACGUGGAACAGGGGCUGACAGCCGAGAAGCUGGAAGGCUGGCUGAAUGUCCUGAGAGAGGUCUCCAUCUCAGUGCAUCUGCCCCGCUUCCGUCUGGAGGACAGCUUCAGCCUGAAGGAGAAGCUAAAGCAGAUGGGUCUGAAGGAUCUUUUCAGACCAGAAGAUGCCAAUCUGCCAGGUGAGUCUUGAAGGGCUCCUGUGCUUGGAAAGAGGAUAGGAUGCCCCUCUGCCCUUCCAAGUAACCACCCUCAGCAUAACAUUUUAUGCAUAGAAACUCACACCUGGCAAAAAAUGUUAAAAAAUAAAGGGGGCAUUCCGUUUCAAAGAUCCUGGAGGUUAACAACUUGGAUUCCUAAGAUUCUCAUAUUUUAUUUCAAAGCAUAACAACUUUCUAGACCUCCUUAUUGUAAAAACAUCCUUCCUUGGAGGUUUUUAAGCAGAGAUUGGAUGGGCAUCUGUCAUGGAUGCUUUAGUUGAGAUUCCUGCAUUGCAGGGGGUUGGACUAGAUGACCCUUGGGGUCCCUUCCAACUCUACAAUUCUAUGAUUCUAUAUGUUGGCAUACCUGUGUUUGGUCUCAGGAAGUUCAUGGAGCUUCUACGUUCUGCUUGUCACUCUAAGAUCUGUAGUCACGUACUAUAUGUUCUCUGCCCCUUUAUUUACCGGCACCACUUCUCUUGUUGCCACACUGAUGCUGUCAUGAAAGAUCCAAAACCUUCAAAUAGUAAAGAUUGACUUCAAAAUAAUAUAUCCAGUUUUAACAAUCAUAUGCAAAACUUUGCUUAUAUGCUACCUCCCUGCCCCAGGCCACACACACAAUUUAUUAGGAAUAGCCUUGGUCUCAUUACCAUGAGAGACAAAAUAAAAGUAGCCUCUCCAGAUUUUCUAAGAAUGUAUACCAAAAAGUAAAUAAUAAGCACAUGGUAAAAACAACCCUAAUUAUAAAACUAAACAAACUUCUUUACAAUUAUAUUUUUUGCCCUGGUUUUGAAAGCCCACCGUCCCCAGGUGUAUUUGAGCAUCUGGUGGAUAAAAUGAAAGUCUUGCCCUGAAACUCCUGAUUAUAUCAGGUGUUGGGGGGUGUCUUUGGCCCCCCAGAUUUUGCUGAACUACAACUCCCAUCAGCCUCAGCCAGCAUUAGCAAUAGUCAGAUGUGAUGGCAAGUUGUAGGUCAGCAACUUCUGGAGGCCAGAGAUUCCCCACACCUGGUUUAUAUGAUCCAUCAGUUCAGACCGUCAACAUGCAUACAAUCUCUAAGGUCCAGUUCAGAGAUCCAUCUUGUGCCACUUUGAAUUGGGGGAUAGAAGUCCAUCACCAUAUGCUGGAGGGCAUUCUAGCUACAGCCUGCUCUAGGCCUUCUAGUGCAUUCCUUCUCUUCUGCAAUCAAUUUUAGCCAGGUUUGUGAUGCAGCUGCUGCAGCUUCCUUCCUUCCUUCCCCUCUCUCUUUCUCUCUCUCUCUCUCACACACACAAACACAUGGCUCCCACCUUUUGCAUCCUCUCUACAGCUUCUCAUGCAAUGAGAAGCAGUGCCAUAAGUGUAUAUAUUCCAUCACAGGGGUGCCAACUUGAAUAAAAUAUUUGAGGGGGGGCAGGUAAGCCCCACUCCACAGAAUUGAUCACAUGAUGUGGCUGGUGUGCGCGCGCGCACACACACACACACACACACACACACACACACACACUCUCUCUCUCACCAUUUGCUGGUCAUUUCUCCACAGACUCAAUGCUUAAUAGCCACAUCAUAAACUCCCCAAUAGGCAGCUUGCACUCCCCCAAUUUAUACUGUAAUUUUACUGUAAUUCUUGUCUUUUUCAGGGAUAAUUUCAGGUGCCCGGAGGGAUGUUUUUGUAUCUGAAGCAUUCCACAAAGCCUCUCUAGAGGUAAGCUGGUGCUGUUCUCAUUGCCGCUUUCAACCACCUUUCAGGCAGCUCCAGCACUCACACACAGGGGCUAUCUCAAAGGCAUUUAUGUUGUAACAGGUUGUUUAGGAGAGACAUUUCCACCAUUGUAAGAGAAAAGGGCGGAUGCCUCAAAAUGGUGAUUGCCCACUAUAUACCUUCCAACAUUUGUCCGAUGAAAAUAGGGACAUCCCAUUGCUCCAACGUAUAUAAAAAUAUAAUAAAACAUUUAAAAACUUCCCUAUACAGAAUUGCAUUCAGAUGGCUCGGGGUCAGAUAACUCCAUAUCCUCCAGCAUUUCUCCAGUGGAAAUAGGGACAGUCUAAGGAAAAGUGGGACAUUCCAGGAUCAAAUCAGAAACUGGGACGGCUUCUCUAAAUCAGGGACAUCCCUGGGAAACAGGACACUUGGAGAGUCUGCCACUAUACUUUUGAGCAGCAUAUGUAUAUAUUUCAAAAUCUGCUUCCCAAGUAAUCAGGGGGGCACCUAUUUAGUUGAUUAAUCUAACCAGUUAGUAAAUGAAACAUGCAACCCUAGUUAUGUUCUCAAGGUAUAGGGCAUUAUGGAAGAAGAAAGCCCUUAUUUCUAUUGGUCUCCAGUGCAAUUGCUCUUGAAAACGUGUGGCCUAAAUUCUGUGCAUCUUUGAUUGGCAGGUGAAUGAAGAAGGCAGCGAGGCAGCUGCUUCCACAGCAGUCAUGAUCACAGGCCGUUCAUUUCCUUUGAACAAACUUGUCUUCAAUGCUAACAGACCUUUCUUGGUGCUCAUACGGGAAGUUGACAUCAAUGCCAUUCUCUUCCUGGGCAGAGUAGCCAAUCCCUGCUCUUAACACCUCAGGUUGUUUUUCAGUGGUCCUCUUCCUGUUUUGAAACAGCUAAUAAAAAGGUAUCAUUGCUGUAUCUCUCUUAUAGUAUGACAUGUUCUCAAAUUACAACUAAACCCAUUCUUACUCAGCUGUGCGUUUUGACUCUGAAAUGCCUUCAUCAUUAUUAUUCUGUUAUUAUUUUUUUAUUAAAUUUGUUUACCGCAGGGCAGUUCACGACAUAAAGUUACAAUAUGAAAACACAAAUAUAUAAAAAUGCAUAAUAAAAACAAAAGCAAAGACAACCCAAAAAUUCCUCCUUCCACAACAGGAAGACUUGCAGGACAAUCUGCAGAGGCGAAGGCACCAUCUGCUUGCAUAUUGUGUGUCUUCCCUCUUUCAUGUCUUUCUUUUUCCAUCUGUCCUUCCUGGCUAGCAGCAUUUUCUUUUCUUUGAAAAUCUGAGUCUUGGAAGAAUAAAUUGAAGAUACAAAGAUUUGUUUCUCACAAUUUACUACACACACCUGCCUCUUCAGCUAUGUUUAGAGACAGUAGUUUAUUAACUGGUGGUACCUUAAUUUAGGGACGCGGGUGGCGCUGUGGGUAAAACCUCAGCGCCUAGGACUUGCCGAUUGCAUGGUCGGCGGUUCGAAUCCCCGUGGCGGGGUGAGCUCCCGUCUUUCAGUCCCAGCUUCUGCCCACCUAGCAGUUCGAAAGCACCCUUAAGUGCAAGUAGAUAAAUAGGUACCGCUUUAUAGCGGGAAGGUAAACGGCGUUUCCGUGUGCUGCGCUGGUGCUGGCUCGCCAGAGCAGCUUCGUCACGCUGGCCACGUGACCCGGAAGUGUCUCCGGACAGCGCUGGCCCCGGCCUCUUAAGUGAGAUGGGCGCACAACCCUAGAGUCGGACACGACUGGCCCGUACGGGCAGGGGUACCUUUACCUUUACCUUUACCUUUAUUUAACCUUUAAGAUGGCAGAUGUUUGGAGAGGCUAGCUGCACCACAAGAGGGGUGUAUUGGGGAAUGAUCCCUCCCCCCAGCCGCCCUGCAAAUAACAUGGCCACUCUAUUCCUAAAGACCAGGAACAGCGUGCGAGCUAUUUGGAAGCCAUUCCCAACUGAUGACAGCUUUACCGAAUAAACAGUUGGCUAUGCAAAUUUGAAUUCUAACUUGUUGACUUUGAUUAAUAAAAUGAAGGCCCCAAGUCCCAUUAAUGGAGGUUGAUCACAGAUACAAGGUAUAGCAAAUGGGGUAUCAAAACAAAAAACACCCUGCCUGCCCCAUGGUGUAUAUAGCAAUCUGUGCAUUUAUUUCCACUUAAGAACAGUGGAAGCAUUGAAGAGCACUGGAAGAGCACUCAAGAUCCUACUUGCACCUUGAACUGAAAUGAAUUCUACUUUCAGUAUAUGCCGCCUGAUUCUAUGCAUAUUUACUCAGAAGUGAUAAUCCUUUAGUUCCAUGUACCUUGCAUCCUUGUAAUUGUGCAUAGGAUACAGCUUUAGAGCGUUUCUUUAGCGGUUGCCAUCUUAGCAACAUUUUUGAAUUGCUGAAGAAGAUGGCUGUUAUCUUAGUUGUUCAUUAAAGCCCAUGCUGUGGUUUUUGGAAGAGCCUUUGCCACAGAAGCGAAUGAUAUUAUAGGGCUGCAAUCCAUGGACAAUGGCAAAACCAGGAAGGAUAGGUUGUACAACUUGUGACCCAAGAAAGCAAACACAGCCUAUCACUCAUAUUUUGUUUUGCACUUGACAACUUUCCUGGUGGACCACUGUACAUAGCUUUUUGCUUGGUGACAGAGUGAUUAAUGGCAUGAGGCAUGUACGAAGCUACCACUGUGAAAGCUGAAUGAUUUCAGCUUGUCCACGAAGACCAGUGAGGGGCUCCAAUAAAUUGAAAAGACAUGCGAAAACUGACUUUGCGUGAGUAGUGAACCUUAGUUUGGGGUGUAUGGGUUGUUAGGCGAGGGGCACUGCCUCCGGUAUGCUCCUUCAGGGCUAGUUUGCACACCUUUGGUCCCCACCUUGCAUUCAGUUCUCACCUGUGGUACCUACAAGCUGUCAGCAUGCAACAGCAGCCACAGCCUGGGAAUAGCUUCGACUGACAGACUUCACCAGAUGAGGGUGGCUGAUGGGUCUUAAACCUUGGUGAGCUAAGGACUUCCCUGCAUGCAAAGACAGGCUCCAGCAGAUUGGGUGGAUGAAACCAAGAGCGGGCCCAACGAUCAAGAAUGCAGUUUCCGCAUGUGCUGUAGAGGGAAGUGAGGGGCAGACAGGGCUCCUCAAUCAGGGAAGGCAGUCCAUCUAGAGAAGGAAAACUCUGAUCCUCCAUCUCCACUGCCUUGCAGGACAUCUUUGGGAGAAGAAAAGGCUAAGGAGUAAACCCUGCAGAAAUCUGGAGUGAAGUCCCUAAGAUGGUUGGAUGGCCCUUGUAUGCCUCCUUCUGGCAACUCCUGCAGCCAAGCUGGUGCCAAAAGUAUUGUUCCGCUUUCCUUUGGGCCACAUCAGUGAGGCUGAUCUUGUCAUUUGGGCAGCUCAGGACCUCCAUCCACACUGCCCAGGCUUGUGCACUGGGGAGGUCACUUCAGUGCUGAUAACAUACCGGUUUUACUUCACCCCUGGAGGUGCACUCCAUCGUCUCGCAAGACAGAUGGGUGGCAACAAAAAACCUUAGUUUGGGGACUGUUAAAUGGAAGAGGUGGUACACAGGGCUGUGGACAGACAGCCAAACAAAAGACAGUGCACUCCAGUUAUGAGUAUUAAACCAUUUAAUUCUCAAACCACUCACAUGCAUAACAUUUCUUUUACACAGUGUUAAAGAGGAAAAUGCAUUUGUUUUAAAAUACAAACAGAAUUUCAAGUAUACAUUUAUAGAAUUUUUCAGAGUCCUAACCCAGUUUCUAAGUUUCCAUUCACAUUGUUUUUAAAGCUGUUCAAUGAGAGCUUUUAGUUUAUUUAUUUUUGCUAAACUGCUUUAAAUAAGUUUGUACAAGUCUUUAUCUUCACUGUUGUUUUACUCUCCCCACCACCACCACCACCAGCACCACCACCAAAAGACACACUCACAGAAUAAUGACUAUAUUACCUCCCUUUUGUUUUCUUCCUCCAUGUGCAUGGAGAUCAAUGGGAGAAUAAAGGAUGCACCAAAUGUGGGUUUGGGAAAAUGCUAAUAAAAAAUAAAUUGGGCUGUUCUGCUAUCAAUUAUUGUCAAACAACUAGAUCACAUUUCAGCCUGUUGGAGAAGUGAAGUAUGAAUUCUGUUGCAAUGCAAUGCAAUACAACCAAAAAAGAGCAGUUCAAGAACUGCAACAGAUAUCUUGUGUGUUUCAGAUUCACAGAGCAAUAGUUUUAAAGGGUCUGCCAGGUGGUGGUUGAUUAGUUUUUAAAGGGGGAGGGGAGGGGACACAUGAUUAGGAUAUUUCUUUAACAAAAGAAGAGUUAUAUAUUUAAAACUUUAGGAGUGGGGCGCAGCAGAAGAAUCAAAUUGGAUAAUUCACCAGUGACCGUGAUCCAUUCUGAGCUGCAGUUUGCUCAAGAUUCCCACACAUCCCACCAAAAGCCAGACCACAGAAAGUGGGCAUGAGUGUCACCCUUUGAAAUGCCACCAAGUAUCUAUCUGUGCUGUGCAAUUCAGACAGAUAUCCCAUUGGUGCUCUCAUUCGUGAUGUGGCAACAUGCACAACGCAUAGCUAUAAUGCAUGGGUUCAAGGUAGCAGCACAGCAUUCCAAACCACCUGUCCUUUACAGGCACUCUCAUUUGGCAUCAGUGGCAUUCAAGAGGGUGGCACCCUAGCCCAUAACAUCCAAUACAGGGCCAGCUUUCAGUCUGUCUCAGCAAGAAUCCACCCAAGAACAGAUUAUUGAGGCAGAAGUUCAGGAAGAGAAACGCGUGGAAAAGUUAAAACCUACAGAAUUUCAAUACAGUUUUGAUCCCAUGGCAGUUUAGUCCAUCGCUCUUUAAAAGCUUAGGUUCUGUGGCUCAGCUGAUCAUUGAAAACCACAGCUUAGCUCAUGAGAACAGUCAAAAAUCGGCUAGCCCAUUUCACAAAAGCCACUGCAUGCCAACGUUCUCGCUUUCACAUUAUUGAGUGGUGUGGACAUGCUGAGACAGGAAAGGGUACACACAAUGCCUUUGCCUCUGGAGAUAGAGGAGGCAGCAAUGGCAGGCAAGGUUAACAUCACCACUACCCAUUGUCCAUCCAAGACAACCCUCCUGCAUGUAACAGGUAACAGCCACAGAGCUUAAAGUGCAUAUGGGAGGGACAGGAGGAAAGAGGUGAGGGUGCUUAAACAACCUACUUAAAGUGCCACACUACUUUUGAAAGCUGAUUUGCAAUAGAUGCUGGAAAGACUUCGCUGAGCUGUAAUACUUAGAUGCAUUUUUUAACAACACAGGUUUGUCUUUUCUUGUACUUGUCAGCAAAAUGAAGCUGCGUAUUUCACAUCCAGGCCAGGGAUUACUAGCAUCACUAAAGGGGGGCUCCAACUUCCCCCCUGCACCUACCAGAACUUUGUCCCGCAAUCUGUUUCGUAGGUCUCCAAGUGGCCCAGAAAACCAUCCCUGUCAACAAGACUGCAUGAUAAGAAACAUAAUCUAGAGCUCACAAAGAGGAGCUUCUCUAUAGAUUAAAGACCCUCCUUUAUCUUGGGUAUUGAUUUUCCAAGAAGUUCCAGACUAUUUUUCUGUAACCUACAAUGUAUAAUCAGCUAAUCUGAAAAUGUAAGCUUUGUGUUAGUAUACUGGACCUAGAAGAACUGGCUUGCACACUGUUGGGUAUGAUAAAAAUAUCCUGGGAUAACAGGAAUCUGCCUACAACCAACAGUAAAAACCUAUGAAAAACCAUCCUGAAAAAGUCAUCUUUUGGACUAACCCCAAAUUGCAAAACAGGACUGAGUGAGAAGGGUUGGGGGUGGAGGGACUGAACGCACACACCCCUUUGGGUGGACUUUACGUUUAAACUCCACUGAAUUCAAUUUACAGAAAGUAAAUUGGAAUUUCGUAAUCUGAAAUUUGUGCAUCAGAUUAGGUUGAACUCUAGGCGGUAAAAAGCAUGACUGCAAGGCCAGCAGCUGAAAAGUAGGAUCUUAAUUAUGCAUAGAUCAAGUAAUAGCACCAAAGAACUACAGAAUUGCUGCUGACGUUUAGAGCGCUGAUUAUGAGCUCACUGAAAACAUUCAAGAGUUUGUUGGGUGGAAUUCAGCAUUGCAAUCUCCAAUCGUACUGUCUGCACAGCACUGCAGUUUGCCAGGUGAAACAACCCCUCUCCCCAGUGUGCUCUCUCUCUGGGAGCUCUCUCAACACCCCCAGCCAACUUGGGGGCAGUGGUGGUGGUGGAAAGCCCUGUUGCACAAGUGGAAGUCUGGUUAGGUGAAUCCUGCAAACAUGCAGUUGCCACCCAAGCCAGUGCCUCCUCUGCUGUCCCAUAAUGUGGGGUAACAAGAACUUAAGUCUUCACCAUGUGGUACAUUGUCUAAUCCAUCUUUAUACAUUAGCGGUUGGGAUCUGUGUGUAUACAGAAUACACAUAUUGAUACUACACAUGGAGACAGGGAAAACAGGUGGAACUAGACAUACAGGGCACUGUUUUCAACUGCAACUCUGAAUUUGGUAGAACAUCUAGCUCGACCCUGCUCUCAAACCUAGUUUGUCUCAGGGAACUCAUUGUUUAGGCAGAGAGACACCUUCCGGUUCCUGAUAUUUUGGGGGGUGGGGUAAGUACUCAGGAAAAAGAAAGAAUGAGUAGUCUCUGCUGAACACAUUGGCCCCAAUACACUGGGAUGCGCUCAUUUGCAACCCUUCACAUUAAGUCAUUUAAACUUAAUUGCCAGUUUGAUUUGUUACAAAUCAGAUGAGACCUUCAAAUGCAAUACAAAGCCUCACUGAAUUUCAAAACUCACUUCUGUUAAUCUACGUACAACUGUACUCUUUAGUCUAACUAUCCCAUAGGAAAAAUAUGUACCCAGUCAUCAACAACUGCCAUUAUUGGUAGUUUAAAUAUUUUUAAUUGGGUUUGAAUCUCCUGGAGAUAUCCAACUAAUCAUUGUCUGGUGCAAUUAUCAGGUAAUCACAAACAGAGAACUGCCCUCAAUGCCUUCCAAGAUAUUGCAAACCAUCCCAUUCACAAGCUCUGUUCAGAAGGAAUUAAAAGUUUGGCAGCAGAAAACAACUACAUGUAAUUCAGUCAGGAGGAACAGCAGAAGCUUUUACUACAAAAGUCGCUUUCCUGCAACUAUUUUUCUAGCUGAAUUGUACUUUGCAUCCCAACUUUAUAAAAUAUUCUGGGCCACUUUGCUUUCUUGUCCCUAUAACCGCAGAUGCACAGCUAUCUUCUGGCUAAAGCUGAGCAAAGUGUACCCUUAAGAGCUUGUUCACCCAAUUAGAUUCAUUUACUGAGCGAGCAAAAGAUACUGGGGGCUUCAAUGCAUAACGCGAGAAAACCACGAAAUAGGCUCCAUCCUCAGAGGCAAAACAGAAAGUUUCUGUUACACCAACCAUUGCUGAAAUAUUCAUUUUGGAGAAGAGACAACACUAGUGUUUACUUGCAACUAAUGUCAUGCUCUUGUUCUGAUUAAACAUCGUAACAACUAAAUGAAAAGCAGACAACGACCAAUAUCUCUCUCUAUAACACUAGUGCAGCCAGUUAAGUAGUGAAUGAAUCUUAUAGUCUAUGGGGCACCUACAUAUUCAAAGCUGCACGUUAAUUUAGAAGGCCAAACUAAAUUAGGAAAUCACAGUAGGUUAAAUAAAUUAGUAUGCACACACAUUGCAGCAGAUUUUAAAAGCUUGCUAUAGCUGCAACUGUGAUAUUUCAAUGAGGUCACCAGUGAAACUGCACGAUAAAUGUCCUCUUUUAUUGGUUUUCGCAUCAACGCCAACACUCUUUAAGUUAAAAGGUAAGGGUUAGCUAAGGACUUACUGCCAUAAAGGAAGAAAGAAUCAAAGUGUGCUUGAUUUCACUGCUGCCUAAAGGUGGGCGGCAACAUCUUUGUCCCUUGGGGGGACAUGCCCCUCCAUUGUUCUGCUUCCCUGUAAGAGGGGCCAGGACAGGUUAUGCUGAGGUCCGCAUGUUCUGUGCAAUAAAAUUGCACUGCACUGAUGAAGCAGGCAGGGCAUUGCCAGACAUGAGACAAUUAUGCAAGUUAAAUAAAUAAAUACACAAAUAAAUACUAAAGAAAUGGCAGAAUUGCUUGCCAAGUGGUGUCCCAUCUCUCCCCAUUGUGCAUGAUACAAUGAAGUUAAACUACUAAAGAAGGGCUCAGGGAAUUACGCUGGAAUUUGCUACUGGGGGCUGUGCUGAAGAGGCCCCUUUUGGGAACUGUUUAUACCAACAGCUCAAGGAAGCCCUAGAAGAGAAAAAUGAAGAGGUGCAGGGAAAUAUGUCUUGAGACAAUGGCUAAAACAAACACCAUUAGAUGUACUGCGAGAUAAGUAAGGUUCAACUCCAUUUUUGCAAUUCUGGCAACAUCUACAGGAGAUAAGACAACCGAUUUAAGAAACCUUCAGCCAACAGUUAAAUCUGAGCAUGAAAACUUCACAAAGCCAUUGCAUAGUAGUUUCAAAAUACAUCAGUGUUUUUUCCCCAAAUAGCACUACUGAUAUGAGUUGGCAAGCUCUGGAACUUGCCAGCAAAUAUGCGACCUUGGCUGUCUGACGAAAGACGGUGGAAGAUCCAGCGUGGAUGCCAGGAACAUACUAAAAGCUCAGCACUUCAUGGCACUUGGGUGACUUGAAGCAUCCAAAGGAACACACAUCUCAACCUCUGACUAUUCCUCAAGGUCCCAGAAGAAGAAUAUUGAAGACACAGUCCAUAGGACUUUCACCUCUCCGUUCCACAUAUGCCCGUGCCUCAAAACAGAAUAAAAAUGUAAUUUCAUAUGCUACUAGUGCUUUAAACACCUUGUUCUAAAGUUGUAAAAACAACAAUGUACAUUAUGCAUUUUUCUCCAGGAGCACCAUGAAGCAGAAAGUAGUUCUGUUCAGGGAACAAAACCUGAAGGGAACAUGGAAGCUGCCUUAAUCAGAAUCACAUUCACCGUACCGUCUGAACCUAUUUGCCUCAGCUCUCCAGGAUUUCUAUCCCAGCACUGCCUGGAAAUGCUGGGAAUCUGGGACCUUCUGCCUUCAAGACAGAUGCUUGACUCUCAUGUUCUUCUACAGCACAGGAUUCUCCGGCAAAUUGGAAUAAUAUUGAAGAACGAAGUCAUGGCAGGCCUAUGGAACUAUGGAACAGAAUCCUCUAUAAACAUAAGCGAGAAGGAAAAAUGGAGAUGGGCACAAAUCUAUUCAAAUUAUGUCAAAUGGUCUGAGAAGCCCAUUAAAGCAUUACACAAAAACCAACAAGGCAGGAAGGAGUGCCACGUCCUUAUGGAGCGGGGGUCUGCCUUACACAGCAACAUCUUAAGCAGGUCUUAACCAGGGUCUAGAAUCCACUGAUAAAUGCAGCAAGGGAAAUGGAACAAUAACCUUCCUUCCCCCUGCAUCUGUAGCAGCUCAAAUGGCUAUGCCCGAUCAUCUUCCCACCCUGAAACUGUGUUUCAUCAAUUGUCCAUCUGGAAGAAGCAGCUACAGCUAAGGCAGGGGACAAACAUUUGGUUUACAACACCUGUGGUAUGCUACAGCCAUUACAAACUGGCGUUCUGUAGGAACAUUCCCACUGCAGAAGGCAGCUGCAAUGGGAAUGGGGGAGGCUCUGGAGAGGAUGCAAAAGUGAGAACUAAUAUGUAGUUACGACAUGUUUAUCCUGACCUUCCCCCAGGGAGUCAGGGCAGCGGAGGUGGAUCUUUCCUCAACCUCUCCUAACAACCUUAUGAGGUAGGUAGGUUAUGCUGAGAGAGUGUCUGGCCCAAGAGUCACCCUGAGAACUUCACAGCUGAGUGGUGUGACACCACACUGGCAAUGGGAGGGCAGGCUGUGGGUGCUGAGGCCCACAUUCACACAAAGCGGUCUUCAGGGAAACAAAACUUCUCCUCAGCCUGCAUGGACAGAGACAGAUCAUGCUCUUGGAAUCUACCACUAUUUGCUAUCCUCUUGAACACAGAAACAUCCAUUUCCAUGUGACAUAGCAACUGCUGGGAAAUAACAUCAAUCUCUGAACUGAUCAUGGCAAUUAUCCAUGUGCCUGAGCAGGCAGUGAAAUGAUUAUAGUACACAAAGUAUGAUCCUAUUAUUUUACUUGCUGCAUCAAACUGCUGAAAUGGACCUUAAAGAUCAGACUUCAUAUGGACUGAUUGUCAAAAGGUGCGCCUCAACAGAAAUCUUAUUUCCUGUAAUUUCAGGCUGUUUCUGCUUUUAAUUUUUGCAGAUUUAGGAUGCUUUCCAGAAUUUGUUGCAUAAGCACAUAAGCACUUUAAGUAGAUGGCAAAUACUUCCGCAACCCCACACAUGUAGAAUUCCAGCUGGAAUAUGGUACAUGACAAAGAAUCUGGCUACUCCUAUAGAAUCAUCUCUGCCCUGCUUUUUCUGGCAGGGCGGGGGUGGGAGAGAAGGAGGAAUGUAUAUUUCUUGUUCCCAUGGUUGUGACACGCUACUGCAUGAACCUUGGCCUUGUAAGUGCUUCUUCCAUCACGAACAUACAAAACUCAUAGAACGCAGAGAUGUGCACUUGAGUACCCUGGAGAAAAUGAGAGGAUAGUUCUACCAAUAGCUAUUAACCAGGAUAGCUAAGCAGAGGCCAUAUACCAGUACAAGAUGCUGAGGUCAAACAGCAGGGAAUGGCACUUCCCUUCUCCCUGUGAAAGCUGGACCAGUUGGACUUUUGGUCUGAUCCAGCUAGGCGCUUUUUAUAUUCUUAUUCAGGAAAAAGUGCUAGCAGAGCCCACCAAGAGCCCCACCAUUUCAAGAAGAGGAGCUUGUUUGCUUGUGUGUCCUUCCACCACUGUGACUUCCAGUUACAUUCUCACUCUGACCUCUGCCCAGCCCUCUUCACCCAUCCCUCUUUUAUCCAUAUUUUUCUUGCCAACUUGCUUCUUGUCCCCAAAUUAUAAUUUUUCAAACAAAUUCAAAGAUCAGUUCAGAGCAAACAGAAAAUGUAUGUAAAAUAAAAUUUACAUCUAUCAUAUAUUUUAUUCCAAGCACAGGUCACAUUUGAAUGGUACAGGAGGUUUCUGUUUUCCUGUUUAGGAACAAAAUAAAAUUAUGCUGCAUAUAACCUUUAGUGAUCUUUAAUAUCCAAGGCCAAUGUUUUUUCUUCACUACCAAUAUAACAUGUUUGACAAAUUUUCUUAACUGUGCUUUUAUUUUAAAGAGCUAAUCAUAUUCAAAAUGAAAGCAUAAUGUUAAAUAAUGUACAUAAUUUAGUCUAAUUUGCAUAAAGUCAUUUAUUAGCAUAAGUUUAUAGGUGCAAGAUUUCAUUUUCUCAAGUGCAAACAUACCAACUAGUCCCAACUAUAUUACUGAUUUUCCUCUAACAGACUCAUGAUUCAGAUAUCUGAUCCAUAGCAGGUCCCUGAACUGCGUAACACUGAUUCAACUAUGUAGAUAUGACAUUAUCUCCCGGGAGUUAUGCUGUAGCCACAAUAUGUAAUAUAAGAAACAAUUUUCAAAUAGACUAGAUUUUAACCCAGGAAUAUUAAAGCAACUGGUUCCAGCCAUUUUUUCAAUAAAAGAAUCCACAGUCUACCAAGUCACAUACCAAUCUGGAAGAUUAAUGGUUCCCUAUUAAUGGUUCCCAGUCAAACUUCGGGUCUUUCUAUCCUUCCCAGCUAUGACCCCAAAGCUUUUAAAUUCCACUUAAACUAACUUGGUUUGUUUCUUUAAUUGAAUCAAACAGCUAAAUUUUGUUCAACAUGCAUAGCUGGUACAAUCUGGUACAAUCUUGUGCCAAAUCACGGACAGUAUUUUUUUUUAAAAGAGGAAGUUUUGCUUGGCCAGAACAUAGAACCUGUUUGAAUCUGGCAGAUUCUGGGUUGUUGCUGUUUUUAACUGGGCAUAGCAGUUCCAUUGGUGUUAUACUGAAACAGAGAAUCUGCACAUAAAAAAAAAUCCCACUAACAAGAAAAAUAAUGUUUAAAAACUUAAAAUUCUUGGCAAUAAUUAUCUUUAAAAUGUGUGCAUACUACAAGUUCCUAUUUGACAAAGAAGUCUGUGUUAUUGAAAAACCCACACACUUGUCAAUACUUUUGCUCUUUUCCUGCCAUUCUUAAGGCUCACACAGGGUUUUUGGUAUGCACACUGAGCUCUGCGCCAGAAAAGGCAGCUCCGUUCCCCGGAAAGUUCCAUAUGCAAAGAAAGAAGGGUUCCCAACUGUUUUAGAUAGCAUUUUCCAAUAUCAAAGGAAUAAAGUUACCCCUGCUCAUGUUGAAAGCUGGCCUAAGCACCCCUCAUUCCUCAGGAAGAACAUAGCAACAACCAGGGCAUCUUGCUAUAAAUAGAGACAGUUCUGCUGGCUGGCUUUUUAUUUCAUUUUCUGCUCCAUAGUGCUACUUGCCUGCUUAAAGCCAAAAGAGGUAACUUAGAAAUGCAGCCCAGCUGUGGGCAGGGUUAUUGCCUAGGAAAGAGAUGUGGCCCACAAUACUGGUCUCCAUCAGCCCCAGUCAGCCUAGCCAGUUAUCAGGGACCAUGGGAACUGCAGUCCAACAAUACCUGGAAUACACCUGGCUGGCUACCAGCUUAUUAAGGAGAGAGAUUGAAAGUCACACGCAAAGCCAACAGAUGUGUUCCGUAUUUCUAACACACAUCAGCAAAGCUCCGUUUUGCCCCCAUGUAUAGUCAGUGGGGCUCCGUUGCCAUUUCCAACCCAGAAACAGAGUGCAGAGUAAACCAGCUCCAUGGAGAGCCAACACAGCCUGGUGCUUUAAUCCCCAGGUUAGAGACUGCUGCAAACAGCCAUUCACUCUGCCGGACAUGACUUUGAACAGCCAAGAAAGGCAGAGCAGCCUGGCGCAGUGAUUGACUCCGUCCACUCAGUUAACUGACUCUACAUCUGUUCACCAACAAUUGCUAGUUGCCGUCAGUGAACAAGCAAGCAGCAAAUUGCACAACUGUUCUACACAAUCCCUACCUCUCUUUUAACAAACUCUAGCAUUUAUUUAAAAGUAGAAUUUACACAAUUGCUCCACCUUCAUGAGAAAUUUAUUUUACCAUGUUUCCAUUUCAUGGUAAUAACUUGAAGCUUGAAGCAUCGAACACUGGACUAAUAUCCCGAAUGGUCUGUAACUGCCACAGAAAGAUAUAAUUGAUCCUAACCACCUUUGUUUCUGUGGGGUAACUUGGAAUAUUUUAAAAUUCAUAUUUAACAGGCAUCGCCCUGUAUAUACUUGCUGUUUUAAGGAUGUGUGCACACAAAGGGGGGAUUAAUCUGGAUUAAGACCAUUUUUACAAUAAAUCUUCAAGCCACUUUAUGACAACACACAGAGAGGCACUGAAGUAUAAACCCACCGUCACCUCUAAGGUAUGCUGUGAAAAAUGCAUCUGACACUCCAAAGUAGUAAAGUACACAAUCCAAAGGUGCUUUAAAAAACGAAAAUGGGCACGUAUUUCCACUAGAAAUUGCAGGAAAAUUCUGACUGCUGGGAAAGUGCCAGUUAUUUCAGUUUGUCUCAUCUGAUCAAACUCAGGGUUGUAUCCAAUGCUCAGCAAGCAGACCCCUCUUGCACAAUGGGAUGUUCCCUUCCUCUCCUCCCACUGUGCCCGCCCCCAGAGCUGAUUUUGAGAGAGCAUGGGGGGCUGCAGGGGAGAAGAGAGGAAGGGAAAGUUCAGCUCUGCAAGUGGAAAUCUUUUGAGCUAGAAGAACUGGAAUGCCGGAGACCACCAUCGCAAUCCAAUCCCAUAUACGCUUAAUCAGCAACCUCAACUAAGUUCAGUGAUGCUUACUCAAAGGUAAGGACAUAGAAUUAUAAUCUACAUUUCAUAUCAUUGUUCUCAACUAUACACAUAUUUGUUUCCCAUUUCAGCAGUGAUAUGGUUCAGAAUUACAUCAAAGUCACUCUAUUGCUUUUGGCAAGACAAAGACAUAGCAGCACGCUCAGGGAGAUAACUGCAAUGUUUCACAUUCUGAAGUUUAUUAUUACUUUAUUUUUACUGUUUUGCAAGCACAGAGCUAUGAAAUUGAUCUUUCCCCUCUAGAGACAAUUGCCAAGGCAAGCAAUCAAGUUUUCUUGGCCUUUUCUGGAACAGAAGUGGGGGAAACUGGCCGAAUCCAGGUAAUAUUAGUUUUUACUAAGUCCCAUGGAAAAGAAUGAGACACAUUAUUCACUAUAACUAAAUUCUACCUGGAUGUGGGCCAUUAAUUAAUGAGGUAUGAAGAUAUGAAAGGGUUUCACUUCACUUCUCCUUUGAAUCACAGUUGAAAUCUGUUUCGCAAGGGUAAAAACAUGUAGCUGCACCAAACAGAAAAGCAGAUUGCCAGCUCAUCUGCAUUUUAUAAUCCAAACAAAGCCUACAUUUGCCUUCCCUGUGGCUGAGAUCACAGUAUAGUCAUCCCUUAGUCUUCCUAAGGGCACUGUGCCUGACUAGGCUAAUGCUACUGAUGGCAUAGGUCAUUAGCAGAGUCAAGGCUGAGGUUAUAGUAGUGAGCUUGGUAACUCUUGUGCUGUAGAAGCAAUUGUUCUGCAGUAGAAAAGGUUGUUAAAGGGUUAGUAUUGGCACAUGGUUUUCUUUCAGUUAUACGUAAGCCUACCACUGACAUUUGCUACUUUCUUUUGAAAAUCACUAGUAACACACAGGAAUGAAUAUUGCUACACAAAGCAUGAAGAUGUGUUUGGGCAACAAAACCAGCCUUGCAAAUGAGCCCACAAAAUGUGUUAUGCACCCACCAGCCCACACAUACAUGUGUUAGGGCUGUAUCCAACUAAGUUUUACUCAGAGUAAACCAACAUAAAAUAAUGGGCCUAAGUUACUCAUGUCUUUUAAUUUCAAUGGGUCUAGUCUGAGUAGGUCUAACACUGGCUACAACCCUUGGUCAUUUGCAGUCUAGAAAGAAAAAGAACCAACUUCAGGAAAAAAAGAACUGACUCAGGUCUCAGGUUCUGAAUUCAGGGUAUCCAGGGGAAAGGAUAAAGUUGCAGGGUAGAGACAAGGAAGUGGGCAGGCUAUUUUCUGUAUGGCUUGAAGAGAUUUUGUUAUUUGCUCUGACCACCCUCAUAUCCAGCAGACUCUACCCUGAGCCACCAAGCAAAGCCAAAUUCUUAUCCUAACUGGCUGGGAACCAUCCUCUUUAGUCACCAAUUGGCUCUGUCCUCUGGUCUGCCAGCCACCUGCCCUUCCAUCUCAGGUUCUGAACCUCGGACAACAAGGCUGAUUAAAGCACCUGCCAUUUUUAUACUCAGUAACGAAUCGAGGCCAGCUCCAUGCUUGAGGGAACUCUUAGUAAAGAUGCUUUCCAGUGGGACCUUCCCUUACCUGGCCACGGUGGCAGCUGUAGGUCUGGAUCAGUACCAGAUGACACAAUGCCCCAGAGCAACUCUACAUUAGGGCCCUGUGAGAAAUUUACAUGGCAGCUCCCAGACUCAGCCACUCUUUUAAAGGGUGGCUGGGUUCCAAAGCACACCUCGGAUUGGGCCCUGCUAGGGCUUGGCAGCUGCUCAAGGAGGGCAUGUACUUUUGUCAGGCCUGACUGGAAUAAUGCAAAUCACAGCUGCUUGAAUACAUUCAAGUAAUGUGUAUGUUUUAUUUGGAUGUACAAUUUAAAUGCAUUUUUUCCUGCAGGAUUUCUGUUUCUUUUCAUUCUCAUUUAUUCUGCCACACAUCAAGAAAAAGAAGGUGACACACAGAUAAAAGUGUACUAUCAAGAUCCUCUAGAAUACUGGAAGAACUGCUCCUUCCUCUAGCUCCAACAUUAUUAAUGGAAACCACAAACAGGAAUCUCUCUCUUUUAGAAUCAGGGCUAGAAACUUGCUCUUUGAAUAACAAAAAUCUCAGGAUUUUUUGGCAACGAUUAAAUUUUGCUAAGAGAGUAUCUGAAAGCCAAACAGGUCUAGAUCCCCCAAGUCCUUUGUACACAUAUGCACACACAAAAUUAUGAUCCCUGGUUCUAUUCCUUACAGUUGCUGUUUGGACAUAAUGCUAAAUUGUGGUCUAGCGUUACAAGAAUGAAAUACAGAAAGUCUUGCGCUCCCAUACUUCCUUCUCCCUCUCCUCCUUCAAUGCAGCUAAAAGAAAACUAGAAGGUUCAGUUUUAGAUAACCUGACCUUUUUCAUAGCAUCUAAAGUUUAAAUUGUGAUUAAUCUUAACCAUAGUUCACUGAAGCAAUACAAUGUCAUGGACUAUGGUUUGAAGUCAGCCUGUAUGAACAAAUCAUAGUUAAGAUUCAUCAGUUUGUGUUCAGACAACAGGUCAACUUCCAAGCUAAUCUGAAACAGAACAACUUGUGAACUCAUUGUGGCUGCAUCAAAAGAUGGGUGGGAGAGAAUGUGGGAACUCAAGGCUUAUGCAGACUUUAACUCAUAAUACCAAAUGAAGAUGUAGUGUUACAUCUAAAUGAGGUCAAGAACUAUAGCUACAAGCAGUAAACCUCCCUUCAGUGAGAUCUGGGCAAGAAUAUUGGCUCCUUCGCAUGCAAUUAGAAAUGAUUAAUUUCUACAGUGGCAAGUUAAAAAAACACCUUUCACAAGCUUUAUUUUUCUUCUACAACUAAGCCUAGGCUAAAAUGUAAGAAGUGCUUAUUGACUCUGGCCAGGCUAAAUAGAGAGGAGUCUUACCAGCAAGCAGAGAAUUGUUGCAUGAUGAACCCGGAUUUCUUGGCUGCUCCUCAGUUCACAGUAUCAGUACAGUUACAACUUGUUCAAGAAACUCACAGCUCCAUGAAUACCACAUUCAAUAUUCCACUUCAACUCUUUGCCACCUAAACUUGGAUGGAUUUUGCUGCAAUUCUGCUUUUGAAAAAAUUCUUCUGUAUAGCCAUCACCUACACCAUCACCAGCUCAGCAGAUAAACUUCCCCAUUAUAACUAUAUAUAACAUAUGUGUAGAUAAAUAAAUGUAUGCCUUACAGUUUGGUAAUAUUUUUAAAGUUCUAUUUUUAAAUGCUUAAAAUCUUUGUAUAAGUAACUAGAAAUAUUUUCCAAUGCUCUUGAGUGUAAUUUUACUCUUUUUGGUAAAUUUGAAAGCUAUAACUAAAGCAGCAUAUAUAUUUGUAUCUCUCUAUUACCCUCCCUGCUUCAGUCCAAAUGAGAGAGUGUAUGUGUGUGAGUUUGGGAGGGUCUCAUCCAACUCUUUAAAGCUUUUAUGAGUUGACCUUUAUUGGUGGUUUCCUGUCUUCUGACCACAAAGAGAAAUUCAUUCUACUCCCCACCUUACAGAGAAGUGCACCCUUGGUGCUGUGAGGUGGGGAAUAGAAGGAAUUUCUCAGUUAACACCAAACAAUGAAAAGGGGGGGGGGUUAAACAAGUUUUCUGCUUUCAUUCAUUCUUUCAACCAAAACAUGAAUUAAGAAAAUAUCCUCAUUUUUACAAGAAGGCCAAUUAUUAGUACAAAGCACAAGCUUGUUUACCACAAGGCCAUCUCUCCCUUCCCAUUAUGAUAGCAUGAUUUCUCCCCUCCCCAUUUUGAUACCUUCCCCAAUUAGCUUGCUUUUUCAUCUUAUCAGCUAUUUUCUUGAGAUCCACAUCAUCUGCUUGGCAUGAUACCAGCUUUUUUUUUGUACAUCAAUACAACGCAACCCUAAAGCAGAGCUUGAACUGCUGCUUAUUUUGCAAGUCUCAAACAAAAGUUCAAGAGAUUUGCCCUCCCAUGCCUGCAUCCUUACACUAACAAGCAAUAUAUUAGGAAACAUGAGGCAAGUGCAUAUUUGCUGGGUUUGGCAGCGGCACUGUUAUCUUCCCAGUAAACUCAUGUGAAAAAUACUACAAAGGCUCAAGGAAGAGCUAUCACUGCUUGUAGAAAACUGGAAAGUGAGCUUUCUGAAUUAUUACUAAUGCAUAUUUUUUUGCAUUUUUAAUAUAAAAAUACCAAAUAGAGAACCAUUCUUAGACAGUCAACCCAUAAUCCCCUCCAAUGGAAUUUGAUUAUUUUGAUAUACAAAUAUUGCUGUUAUAUUAGAAGGGAGGCAAAAGAUGACCUUUGAGGCAAAGCCGCUAUUUAAACAAUUAUUCAUGACAGGAAACCUCAUCCUACCUUUUCAGUCUUUGCAGAGCCCAGAAAUUGAGCAAGAAUUGCAAAGUGUUCUGCAUUAUCCACAUUUCACAACUGAAAAUAUCUCCCACCAAACAUGGCAGAGCUUCACAGCUACUACCGUCUUUUUCGGUAGCUUACUUAAUUAAAUAUUGUGUCACCUCUAAAAUACUGAUCAAAAGAGACUUGCCUCAUCACAAACAGGCAAGACCACACACCUAGAAUGGGCAAGCCAAGACACAAAACAGAAAGCCCUUAAGUAAUGGGUCAAUUUUAAAAAGACACGCCAAAAUAAAAUGAGAUAAAAUACACUCAGACAAGUUAGGUUCUACCAGGACAACCAUUCUUCUCAAAAAUAAUUACCUGGAAGAUUAUUUUGUGAGGGGGAGGGGGAAAGAGAGAGGGAGAACUAAUUUUUGUCCCCAUUACUUCUUCAGUGGCACAACUACUGUGAUGAAUAGAGAUACUGGUGCUCUGCACUCAUCACAGCUAGACCUCUACAGCCCACAGGACCACAGGGUCUGAUGCCAAGAAAAUGAAAAAGCUGUCAUUCCUUGAUCACUACUGGAUAUUUUUUUUAAAAAAAGCUUCUCCCCAUCCAAAAAAAAGCUGUCAAUCCCUGAAUCGGAGGUUAGUUGACCCAGUUUUUGUCUCGUCCCCUCAAAAGGAGAUGAGGAAAAGGAGGUGAGCUUUUAGCACUUUGUUUUCAUAUCAUUUCUAUUUUGGCAACAUCUUGGGAGCUUCUUUGUCCAGCGGCGACAUUGCACAAAUGAGAACUCAAGCUCACCGUCUCAAGGGGAUUUGCUCACGGACUGAGAGGAUCCCUCUCACCCAUUUUGCAUUCCUCUUCAGUCUGGCCCAGUGGUGGACACAGAUCCCUGGGCUGUCUCCCCCGCCAUAUUGGCUUCUUCCCGAAGAGGCGAUUCCUCCUCCGCCUGCCCUCUUGACGUAACUGUGGUCUCUGGGGAGAUGCUGUGCGGCCCCUCCAGAGGCAUGCAGCCAGGAUGAUUCUUACGAAAGUGCUGGUUGAGGAUGGCCUGGAAGGGGAAACUCUUCCCGCAGACAUGGCAGUGAAAGGGUUUGUUUCCUGUGUGUUUGCGGAUAUGGUACUCCAACUGAUCCUUGCGAGUAUACUUUUUGCCGCACAUACGGCAAACAAAGGGUGUGAUGCCCAUGUGGAGCCGCAUGUGCCGGUCCAGGCUACCCUUCUGAUUGAAGGAUUUGGCACAAUAGAUGCAAGUGAGACGUGGGUUGUAGCGAAACCACCUCUCAGAUACUUCCUGUUCACGGAGAUAUUCAACAUAGCCACUCACUCCAACUAUAGCAGACUCCUCCACCUAGAGAGAAAUAUUACAGACAAGCAGUAAAGAUAAUGAGCUAGUUUGUAUGUGGGAAGAGGGUCAUUUUUCUCUUCUGAAGAGAUGGCUGUAAGUUUCUUUGGAUCUAAAGUUUCUCUGGACCUAAAGAUAACAAGAGUGCUUGUGUGGUGUGGGGGCUACAGUGUGGGGCUUAAAACUAGGAAAACCCAUGUUCAAAUUCCCUCUCAGGGCCAAAAUACUUAAUGAGAUUGAUAUGCACUGCUUAGUUAAAAUAUUUAGGUGGUUUACACAAAACAGUAUAAAGCGUUAAUUAAAAAUAGCUAUAAGAACAGCUAUAAGAACAAUCAAUAUAUAGAUAAAAUCAACAGAUUUAAAAAAUAAAUGUAUAUCAUUUGUUCCUUUCCUAUCUCUCAAACCCUCGUUAUUUGCAGAGAUAACAAAUCUUUUUAUCGAAGGCAACAAUGGGGUUAUGGAAGAGAUAAGUUGUUCCCAUUCUUAGACCAUCUACAUUUUGUUCAUGAGCAGAAAAAUAAGCAAAUUCAGGCUGGAAGUCAAAAGAGCUGUACAGAAUGAUGGAUCUAUAUGAACAAGGCCUAAGUCCCCCUUGGACUGCAGCAACACACUCUACAUGGGGCUACCUUUGAAGGUGACUUGGAAACUACAAUUAAUUCUGAAUGUAGCUGCCAGACUGCUGACUAGGAGCGGCCGCCAGGACUAUAUAACACUGGUCCUAAAAGACCUACAUUGGCUCCCAAUACAUUUCUAAGCACAAUUCGAUGGUGUUGGUGUUGACCUUUAAAGCCUUUAACACAGUGAUGGCCAAACUUGGCCCUCCACCUGUUUUGGGACUACAACUCCCAUCAUCCCUAGCUAACAGGACCAGUGGUCAGGGAUGACGGGAACUGUAGUCCCAAAACAGCUGGAGGGCCAAGUUUGGCCAUCACUGCCUUAAUGGCUUCAGCUCUGUAUACCUGAAGGAGCGUCUCUGCUCCCAUUGUUCAGCCUGGACAUUGAGGUCUAGCUUUGAGGGCCUUCUGGUGGUACCCUCAUUGUGAGCAGUGAAGUUAAAGGGAACCAGGCAGAGGGCCUUCUUGGUAGUGGUGCCAUCCCUGUGGAUGCCCUCUCAUCAGAUGUUAAAAAAGAUAAAGAACCACACAAUUUUUAGAAGACAUCUGAAGGCAGCCCUGUAUAGGGAAGUUUUAAUGUUUUUUUGUUUUAUUAUGCUUUUAUAUUUGUUGGAAGCAGCCCAGAGUAGCUGGGGCAACCCAGUCAGUUGGGAGGGGUAUAACAACAACGAACAACAACAACAACAACAAGCAACAUUACCACACUAUUUGGAAAACCUCUAACAAUGUGAAGGCAUCAUGGGAAGGGGGCCUUGGGACUGUAAUUCCACAAGAAAGGUGGAAUGAUAUGUGGAAUAACUAACCAACAGGAGUCUGUGUUAGUAUACCACUGGCAUUUGACUCUGGGGAAAAUGCAUUACAUAAACAACACUCUGUCACUAAUGUGUUGGAGGGGAUGUGUAACACCAACAUUCUGUCUUCUACCUAUGGUUGCAAAACUACAAACAGAAGUUCUUCCACAGGACUCCCGCUGAUGAGGUUUGCCAGCUGAAUCCAGAUUUAUAUUAAUAUAUUUUACGCAUAAGUAGAUGCAGCUGCAAUAAUGGCAUUCAUUUCUUCCAUUGUUUAUUCCAUCUCCAUUUUAUUCCUAUUUUAUAGCUGUCUUCUUCUGUAAUUUUCUAGAAUGCAGUUCUGCUCAUUUCUUGUAAAGUGUCAUAUUCAUGGAUAGUGCUAUACAAACAGAAACUCAAUAAAAUGUAGUGUUCAUCAUUUCUUUGCUUUAUGAGUCUACUCAGCACACUUUUUACUUUUAGUGCAGGAUUCCUUAUCUGAUUCCCCUUUAUUCUUUUUUAUAUAAUAUUUUUUUAUAAAGUUUUAUAAAGUGUUCUGUUUUACAAUUUCAAAUAAACAUUUUAUAAACUUUAAAAUAUCCAAUGACUUCCCUUCUUCUCUUUCUAUGGUUCAUUUUACAUAUCAUACAUUCCUGCAUAUUUUACUAUAACCAUUCAAAUUAGUUUUUCACUUUUACAUCCAUCAAAAAUUAUUUACUCUGUUGAAUUUAUCUUAAUGCUGCCAGUGUUUUCAGCUGUAUACAAUUAUUUUCUACUGGGCUGCCCUUUCCUACUGGGCUGCCCUGCGCCUCCCAGCACUUUGCAACUUUACUUGAUUUGUUCAGUGGUAAUAUUUUCUAAUUCUGUGCUAAUUUACUUCUGGAUUUGGCUGCUGUUAUGGACAAGUUAUAGGGUUGCCUUUUUCUUAAUGAAUUGUUAUGAUGGAAAAAAUGGAAUAAAAACGUUAUGGAGAACUGUUCGGUGUGAAUUAAGAUUUUCACACCUAUGGUUUUUACUUUCGGGGCUUUGGCUUAGAGUCGUUCUCUGGAUUUUUUCUGUUUAUUUCAGAAAAUGCAUUUGUUUCAUAAAAUUUACAUACCACUUGACUGUAACCCCACCCCUGAAGCAGUUUCCAUGUCAACCAGACAUUGUCACAAGUCAUCAAUAAGCUGCAUUUAAGACAGCGUAUGCUACAAAAUAUGCUUCCACCCCUCCCCUAUGGUGUUACUCUGUUAUUUCAUUGGUGUUGGCUUAGCCAUAUUACCUCCCCACCCAUAUACAGGUCCUAUUCUUUUUACAGAAGGUCAAGACAAAUGGGGUCCAUUGAAUUUCCCUUGAAGUUCCAGAACUGCAAACUACUACCAAGGAAAUUCUCUUUCACAGUCAGAAACUGCUGUGAUUUGAGCACAGUUGCCCUGCAAGGUGCAUUCAUUUACAGUGGCAUGCAUGUGCCAUUCACUUAUAAACACAGCCGCUUCCCUUAGUGCACAUGUGAGUGCUACUUAUGCCCAUACUGCAUUUUUCUUGGUUUUUUAAUCCUCCAAUUCUGUCAACUGGCCAAGAGGCCAAUUUUUACUGACCUGUAUAGUUUUGGCUGGUUGGUAACCAUGACUUUGGACACAUGACCAACCACAUGUUUUUUCCAAAUAGGCUGAUGGUCUUGUCUCCAGUUCUUUAUUGAAAAGUAUUAUGUCCUUUACUGUAGGUGUUGAACAAUAGUACUGAGGGACUGUGGUUGAGAAAUUCUAUUAGCUUUGAACCAAAUUAAAUAAUUAAACAUCUGAAUAUGUUGUCUGGUAGAAUGUGAGAUUUCAUAGAGCCUUUUCUAUGUCCCACGUUUCAGGAGAAGCCAGAAUUAUCUAGGGCACUCAUUAAUGAUUGGGUGGCAAAUAAAACAGAGAAGCUCAUCAAGAAUGUGAUCCCGGAAGGAGGCAUUGAUGCCCUCACCGUUUUGGUACUAGUCAACACUAUUUACUUUAAGGUAUGGAAAAGUCACAAGAGUGACAUGCCUGAACUGAUGGUUUAAAACCCACUCACAGAGGGAAGAGGGGCUGUUGAUGGAAGGAGAAAAUUAUUUUCUGAAACCAAGCCUAGCUAUGUUCCUGACGGCAGUGCGUGUGGCAGCCAUGCCCCAUGAUGAUGCUGGCUUCACAAAAUUGACUGAGAGGCCGAUGGCAGGAAUAUAGCUAGUCUGCAGAGUGGAUGAGGAGCCAGUUGUGAGGGAGCAUUGUCUGAUUGCCUGCCCAACCUUAAAAGGCAUAAUUGUAAACAUCAGUGGGAAUGGAAGUGAGAUCAUCAGUUUGUGUACCUGAAGCCUGUUUCUGUCAUGAUCCCUCUCAGUGGGCACUCGCUCAAGACAUCUGAACACGAAAUAGUUACUUCUGAACCUGUCUUAACAAAGAUGGGGUUCCCCCCCAAAUCUUCAGAUGCUUUUGUGUAGAUCCCAAUCCAUUUCAGUGAUGCAGAGCCAUGUGUGGUAAUUAUUCCAGAUUAAUAAUUUCCUCGUAGGGAGUAAACCUGCUGGGUAGUCCAGAUCCCUGGCUUCUGACUGAUUGUUCGCUUUAUUUUAAUGCAUUAACCCAGGGCCACUGGAAAUCAAAGUUCGAGCUCGAAAAUACAAAGGUGGAGACCUUUUACAGAACUGGUUCUGAGCCUUGCCCUGUGCCUACCAUGUAUCAGGAAGCGACAUUCAAGCACGCCUCUAUUGCAAGCUCCAAAGUGCAGGUCUUGGAGCUGCCCUACAAAGGAGAUGACAUCACCAUGGUGCUCAUCCUGCCCUUUGCACAGACCCCCCUGGCAGACGUGGAACAGGGGCUGACAGCCGAGAAGCUGGAAGGCUGGCUGAAUGUCCUGAGAGAGGUCUCCAUCUCAGUGCAUCUGCCCCGCUCCGUCUGGAGGACAGCUUCAGCCUGAAGGAGAAGCUAAAGCAGAUGGGUCUGAAGGAUCUUUUCAGACCAGAAGAUGCCAAUCUGCCAGGUGAGUCUUGAAGGGCUCCUGUGCUUGGAAAGAGGAUAGGAUGCCCCUCUGCCCUUCCAAGUAACCACCCUCAGCAUAACAUUUUAUGCAUAGAAACUCACACCUGGCAAAAAAUGUUAAAAAAUAAAGGGGGGGGGCAUUCCGUUUCAAAGAUCCUGGAGGUUAACAACUUGGAUUCCUAAGAUUCUCAUAUUUUAUUUCAAAGCAUAACAACUUUCUAGACCUCCUUAUUGUAAAAACAUCCUUCCUUGGAGGUUUUUAAGCAGAGAUUGGAUGGGCAUCUGUCAUGGAUGCUUUAGUUGAGAUUCCUGCAUUGCAGGGGGUUGGACUAGAUGACCCUUGGGGUCCCUUCCAACUCUACAAUUCUAUGAUUCUAUAUGUUGGCAUACCUGUGUUUGGUCUCAGGAAGUUCAUGGAGCUUCUACGUUCUGCUUGUCACUCUAAGAUCUGUAGUCACGUACUAUAUGUUCUCUGCCCCUUUAUUUACCGGCACCACUUCUCUUGUUGCCACACUGAUGCUGUCAUGAAAGAUCCAAAACCUUCAAAUAGUAAAGAUUGACUUCAAAAUAAUAUAUCCAGUUUUAACAAUCAUAUGCAAAACUUUGCUUAUAUGCUACCUCCCUGCCCCAGGCCACACACACAAUUUAUUAGGAAUAGCCUUGGUCUCAUUACCAUGAGAGACAAAAUAAAAGUAGCCUCUCCAGAUUUUCUAAGAAUGUAUACCAAAAAGUAAAUAAUAAGCACAUGGUAAAAACAACCCUAAUUAUAAAACUAAACAAACUUCUUUACAAUUAUAUUUUUGCCCUGGUUUUGAAAGCCCACCGUCCCCAGGUGUAUUUGAGCAUCUGGUGGAUAAAAUGAAAGUCUUGCCCUGAAACUCCUGAUUAUAUCAGGUGUUGGGGGGUGUCUUUGGCCCCCCAGAUUUUGCUGAACUACAACUCCCAUCAGCCUCAGCCAGCAUUAGCAAUAGUCAGAUGUGAUGGCAAGUUGUAGGUCAGCAACUUCUGGAGGCCAGAGAUUCCCCACACCUGGUUUAUAUGAUCCAUCAGUUCAGACCGUCAACAUGCAUACAAUCUCUAAGGUCCAGUUCAGAGAUCCAUCUUGUGCCACUUUGAAUUGGGGGAUAGAAGUCCAUCACCAUAUGCUGGAGGGCAUUCUAGCUACAGCCUGCUCUAGGCCUUCUAGUGCAUUCCUUCUCUUCUGCAAUCAAUUUUAGCCAGGUUUGUGAUGCAGCUGCUGCAGCUUCCUUCCUUCCUUCCCCUCUCUCUCUCUCUCUCUCUCUCUCUCUCUCUCUCUCACACACACACACACACACACACACACAAACACAUGGCUCCCACCUUUUGCAUCCUCUCUACAGCUUCUCAUGCAAUGAGAAGCAGUGCCAUAAGUGUAUAUAUUCCAUCACAGGGGUGCCAACUUGAAUAAAAUAUUUGAGGGGGGGCAGGUAAGCCCCACUCCGCAGAAUUGAUCACAUGAUGUGGCUGGUGCGCGCGCACACACACACACUCUCUCUCUCUCUCUCUCUCACCAUUUGCUGGUCAUUUCUCCACAGACUCAAUGCCUAAUAGCCACAUCAUAAACUCCCCAAUAGGCAGCUUGCACUCCCCCAAUUUAUACUGUAAUUUUACUGUAAUUCUUGUCUUUUUCAGGGAUAAUUUCAGGUGCCCGGAGGGAUGUUUUUGUAUCUGAAGCAUUCCACAAAGCCUCUCUAGAGGUAAGCUGGUGCUGUUCUCAUUGCCGCUUUCAACCACCUUUCAGGCAGCUCCAGCACUCACACACAGGGGCUAUCUCAAAGGCAUUUAUGUUGUAACAGGUUGUUUAGGAGAGACAUUUCCACCAUUGUAAGAGAAAAGGGCGGAUGCCUCAAAAUGGUGAUUGCCCACUAUAUACCUUCCAACAUUUGUCCGAUGAAAAUAGGGACAUCCCAUUGCUCCAACGUAUAUAAAAAUAUAAUAAAACAUUUAAAAACUUCCCUAUACAGAAUUGCAUUCAGAUGGCUCGGGUCAGAUAACUCCAUAUCCUCCAGCAUUUCUCCAGUGGAAAUAGGGACAGUCUAAGGAAAAGUGGGACAUUCCAGGAUCAAAUCAGAAACUGGGACGGCUUCUCUAAAUCAGGGACAUCCCUGGGAAACAGGACACUUGGAGAGUCUGCCACUAUACUUUUGAGCAGCAUAUGUAUAUAUUUCAAAAUCUGCUUCCCAAGUAAUCAGGGGGGCACCUAUUUAGUUGAUUAAUCUAACCAGUUAGUAAAUGAAACAUGCAACCCUAGUUAUGUUCUCAAGGUAUAGGGCAUUAUGGAAGAAGAAAGCCCUUAUUUCUAUUGGUCUCCAGUGCAAUUGCUCUUGAAAACGUGUGGCCUAAAUUCUGUGCAUCUUUGAUUGGCAGGUGAAUGAAGAAGGCAGCGAGGCAGCUGCUUCCACAGCAGUCAUGAUCACAGGCCGUUCAUUUCCUUUGAACAAACUUGUCUUCAAUGCUAACAGACCUUUCUUGGUGCUCAUACGGGAAGUUGACAUCAAUGCCAUUCUCUUCCUGGGCAGAGUAGCCAAUCCCUGCUCUUAACACCUCAGGUUGUUUUUCAGUGGUCCUCUUCCUGUUUUGAAACAGCUAAUAAAAAGGUAUCAUUGCUGUAUCUCUCUUAUAGUAUGACAUGUUCUCAAAUUACAACUAAACCCAUUCUUACUCA